CUCCCCCCCUCACCCCCAGAAAAGGAAUGUUGUUACCAUCCAUAGGAACAUCAAAAAGACUGCUUCUCAGGGUUUCCUCCUCCCCGCUCUUGAAUACUCUCUACAGCUAAAGGAAAAUGGAAUAAGGCGUAUUGUUGAAAUGAAAGCCUUAUGUAGUACUGUACAUUUCAAAUUCCUUAAGGGUCUUGAAAAAGGAACAGUUAAAUCUGGAUCUGGUACAAGUUCCAACAAAAAGGUUGCCAUUAAAUAAAAUUCUGUAAAUUCAUAUUCAUGAGAAAAUUGUAAAACCUUUGAGUGAUGCCCCUGAAAUGUAGAAGGAUUAUGUUACAAGGGAAGCUAUCUGGGGUAAAGACUGUCUUUUUGUUCUGUUCUUUUUCAGUGCCUGAUACAAUGGGGUCUUGCCCCACGAUUAAGAAUCCUGAGCUCUAAGGGAACAUAAAUAAAUAAUAAUAAUGUUCAUUAAAAAGCAUAAAAAGAGCCACCUACCUGCAGGAGUGCAAUUGUGAUCUGAUAUUCCUAGGUGCCAGGAUCAGUCAAAUAAAAGGUAGAAUUGAGGUAACAUCACCUGAGUGCAGAAAGGGUUCACUAGGAAGAAAAAAGCAGCACGGGAAGGAAGAAGGUUUGGUUUGGGCAGAAGGCUACAAGAAAGAAAUACAAAAUUGAGGGAUCUCUUCUAGUCAUCAAAGAGCAGAACCCAACUGAUAUUGGUGAAAACUGGAAGAUGGAAAUGUGGGGGGACACAGAGCCCCUUUUGUGUGUGUGGCAGGCCCAUCGGCUUUCAAUAACUGUAUUGAGUAGAGAAUCUGAAAGCCACUUGUCACUGCCCCUCAGAUGCUACCUUUGUCCCUCACACAGAGCUAACAACAUCUAUGUUUCCCAGGUCUCAGUUUGUGUGAUCGGAAGAGAAGGGAUUUCUGAGAUGAUGGAGCCCCUGUCCAGCUCAGGGUCUCGGAGGUUCCACCGCCCAGGGCCACAACUGAGCUGUGACCUCAGAGAGAAGCUGCAGUAUUCACAGCAACGAGAUCUUCCUGCACCUUAUUUGUUUGUUCCUUAUGAUAAGGGGAAUGAAGGAGACCAGGAGAUGGUGGCCUCACUCUGUAGGUUUGGCUUUAUGAUGCCAGUGACGUUUGAGGAGGUGGCCGUGUUCUUCUCUGAAGAUGAAUGGACUCUUUUGGAUGAAAAGCAGAAGGAACUCUACAGAGAUGUCCUGCAGGAGAAUUAUGAGAUUCUCCUCUCGUUGGCAGGAUUUCCGAUCACUAAACCAGAUGUGCUGUCCCAGAUAGAGCGAGGGGAAGAGCCGUGGUUCCCAGAUCUCCAGGGCUCCGAGGAAAGGGAAAUCCCAAGAGGCACUACGACAGGUACCGGGACAGCAAGUGAAAACGAGGAGAGUCCCCAGCAGGAAGGGGCUGUGGGAGUGAAGAUGCACAGGAUGUUCUUAGGGAGACCACAGUGCCCAGACGUGGCAUAUGCCAGUGAGAGUCAUGGCAGGGUGGGAUGGCAGAGGGGAGACCCUCCAGGUAGGAGUAAAUCCAUUCACAAGAGAAGAGGUUUGAGGAAAUCCAAGGAUGCCAGUGCCCACCCGGUAACCCAUAUGGGGGAGACACCAAAUACUGUCAAUGAACUGCGGGAAAGAGUCAGUAACAGUUCGCUCCUUAUUCAGCACUGUCAGCAAACGGGCGCAGAAAAAAGUGUUUACAAGUGUUAUGAGUGUGGCAAAGGCUUCGCUCGACAAAAAAACCUUCAGCUUCAUCUGAGAGUUCACCCAGAGGAGCAACCUUGUACAUGUAAUGAAUGUGGGGAAAGCUUCAGUCUCAAGGCAAGCCUUGUUCUUCAUUGUUACACAGUCCACGAGUCAGAGAGACCCCAUAAGUGUCCAGAUUGUGGCCAGUUCUUUAUCCGGAGAGAGAGACUUACUCAGCAUCAGAGAAUCCAUUCAGGAGAGGUAUCUAGAGGGUUUAAUGAUGGGAUGGUGAGAGAGAAGGAAGGGCUUGUGAGAGCAGAGCUGGACAGGAUGUUGUUGGAAAGACCCCAGAGUCUUGAGUGGGGAGAAGCCUGUGGAAGUGAGGGAGCUGCACAAAGGCAGCACGGGAGCCCUACAGGGGAGAGCGGCAGCAUAUCUGUGCAACAUAAAAAAGUUUCCAAGAAACUGAACUGCACCAUUGGCUACCAGAGCACCAAUAGGGGAGCACAACCGAGUACAAGUAGUGACCAGAAAAGCUUCAGUAGCAACUCAGCAGUGCACCAGAAAGUCCGUCCCAAAGAGAGACGUUACAGCUGUGUUGAGUGCGGGAAAAGCUAUUACCACAACUCGCACCUCCGAUGGCAUCAGAAAAAACACACAGGAGAGAAAUCCCAUGUAUGUGCCGACUGUGGAAAGAGCUUUAACUGCAGAUCGUCACUCAGCAGACACGAAAGGAUCCACAAAGAGGAGAAAAACUACAGCUGCCCUGACUGUGGGAAAAAAUUCAGGGAGUACUUGCACCUUGCUUCACAUCAGACAAUCCACACAGGGGAGAGAGCCUAUCAGUGUCCUGACUGUGACAAAAGCUUCAGACUGAAAGGAGUCCUUUGUACUCACCGUAAAACCCACACGGGAGCUAAACCUUUUAAAUGCACCGAAUGUGGGCAAGGCUUCGGGCGGAAAGAAACCCUACAUAAACAUAUGAGGACCCACACUGGGGAGCGGCCCUAUAAAUGCACCCAGUGUGAGAAAAGUUUUCGUCAGAAGUUCUCCCUUUCCCAGCAUCAGUUAACGCACCGGGAAGGGAGGACUCACGUGUGUACGGAAUGUGGGAAAGGCUUCAAUCACAAAUCAAACCUUGUUCAACACUUGGCAAAACUACACUUGAAAAAGAAACCCCAUACAGCAAAUGUAGCUUCAGAUUAAACAGAUCUAUAAUUGCAAUGGUAGAAAACUGUGGAGUGGUAUUUUUUUUUAUUCUGGUGAGACACUUCUCCAGCCGUAUGUAUUCUAAAAUACAAGGCUUAAGGAGGAUGGGUGGGUAGUAUCGCCUUAUUUAUGAUGAUGGGAGGGGGACAAAGCUGAUGAAGAGAGGAACUGAUCUUUCAAUGGGUUUUGGGGAUGGUUAAUGGGAAUUUCAAGGCAGUGGAGUUGAAUUUUGGAAGCUGAGCAGCGGCGUGCCAUCAAUGGAUGCAAUGCAUGGAUUGCAUCCCCAUGUGAGCCUUGAAUAUGACUUCCUGACUGGCUGUGCCAGUGGGACGAUUCCACCCGGCCCCUGAAUACACAGGGAGGAUGCCAUUUUGUAGAACAAAAUGGCAUCCUCCACACAUUGUGAAGACAUGGGUAUUUAACAUGGCGCUCCACAGACGGAUUAAAACCUGGCGAACUGAGAUGUCUCAAUCUGUAACUGUAAACAGGGAAUCCUCAUUGAACAGGUGUGUUUCUAGUGGGGUCCUGCAGAGAUCCAUUCUUGAUCUGCUGCUAUGUAACAUUUUUAUCAGUGACCUGGAAAAAAACCUAAAUGAUCACUGAUCAAGUCUGCAGGUGACACUCUAAUCUGGGGGGUGGUAAAUCAAUGAAGAGGACUGGUCACUGAUUCACCGUGAACUGGAUCACUUUGCAAACUGGGCAAAAGAAAACAGUCUGCAUUUUAAUGUGGCUAAACGUCUACAUCUAGGACAAAACAUGUAGGCCAUACUUAUAGGAUGGGGGAUUCUAUCCUGGGAAGGUGGGACUCUGGAAAAGAUUUCGGGUUUGUGGUGGAUAAUCAGCUGAAUAUGAGCUCCCAGUGCGAUGCUGUCUCCAAAAGAGCUCAUGCAAUCCUGAGAUGGAUAAAUGGGAAUCUCGAGUAGGAUCAGAGAGGUUAUUUACCUCUGUAUUUGGUACUGAGGCAACUGUAUUUUUUUAACUUAUCUACGCCGGAAGUUGUACUGGUAUAAUUUUGCCAGUACGGUUAUAGUGGCAUAACUUCCUGUGAAUAAGUGUGUCAACAUGGGGAGUUACAGAGGUAUAAUUACACUGGUAUAUUUUAUGCCAGUUUAAUUCCAUGUGUAGACAAGCCCUUAGCAAGAGAAAUUUUAAAGGUGACAGAUGAACAGGAGUAAGUCAGCCUUGCCCCUACCCUCACAGCAGCUUUCUGCCAUGUACUAACUGGCUAUAGUGCGGUUGGCUAAAGAUACAGCUCACUUUCAAAGGCAUAUGGCUAAGAAUGGGUUGCCAACGAACAAGGAGCUACUAGGUUGUAAACAAUUGGGGUAUAUGUGUCGGGAUAAGCAAAUUGGAGUAGACCGGUGUUGACACUUUAAGAUAGGUCAGGAAAGAUUUUACGGCUUGCCUUGGGACAAGAGUCCCAUGAUACUUUGCAAUUAAGAAAAAGCUAUCUAGCAAGGAAUGGAAUUUUACAGUGCAGCAACCGAUGACAUAUUUUGUUAUGCAAUAUAUUUUUGCAAUGUACUAAGUGCAACAUAUUUGCAAGAUAUGUAAUGCAUAAAAAAGGCCAUAAAAAUGAAUAACGAGUAGGUUUUGAAACAGUUGAAAAAGUACAAGGAAAAGGGAACUGAAGUAAGAGUCUGAGGGAACUGAAGUAAGGGCAUGUAUACACUUACCGGGGAUCGAUGCUGCUGCAGUCGAUGCACUGGGCAUUGAUUUAGUGGGUCUAGUUAAGACCGACUAAAUCAACUGCAGAUCGCUCUCUCAUCAAUUCCGGUACUCCACUGGAAUGAGAAGUGUAAGGUAAGUUGAUGGGAGGGCAUCUCCCAUCGAGGCGGCGCGGUGUAGACACCACAGUAAAUCGACCUAAGCUAUAUCGACUCCAGCUACGUUAUUGGAGUUGUGUAAUUUAGGUCGACUUACCACUGUAGUGUAAACAAGGCCUAAGAUAUGGAGAAGUAUACACCAAAAGGAGGAAAUUGAUAAGGGUUGAAAUGUUGAACUAAGGAGAGCUACCAGAGUAUAAUUACCACAAGAAAUCAUAAGUAAGACCAUUGGCAGACAGGAUCGAGAAUGUCUGAACUACAGCGAAGACCUUCUACAGUUGUGAGUAAUUGUAUGUGCUGUCUUGACUGUUUUAAUAAAUUCAUUCAAAGCUGACUUGUUAACCAAAUCUAAAUUUAAGAGAAGGCUAUUCAUUAAAUAUAUAAUCACAAUUAAAAUUCCUAUCCAUUAUUAGCUAGUCAUUUAUUAAUUAUUGGUUGAUUAUCAACACAAGAAAUAUGUAAACUACAGUCACUGAAAGCCUGUUCUCUACACUGGUAACGUCUGACCUUUCUUUAUUAUGCCGUUUUAUUGCUAAUGAAUAAAGUGAUUAAGUCGAGGUAUCUGAGGUCUCAUUAACUGAUGACAAACUUAACCAGCAACCAUCUCAAACCACUUACAAGAUCACAUUUCUACCUGUAAUGGGAAUGGCGCCUAAUAGUGACUGGAUUUCAUAAGGAUGGAGGACAGUGUCCCAGAAGUGUGAGGCAUUA